AUGCUCUGUAAUGGCAAAGCUACACCUUUCCCGCUUUUGAAACUUCCUCGCGAAAUACGCCGUCGAAUCGCCGAGUACGCUUUAUAUACCGUUGAAGGCCUCGACUGGCAAUGGAUAGCUGCACAACCAUUGAAGAAGUGUGGAACUUUCCGCGACAUAUCUGUCAUCAAUGCCCUCCCUUCCGUCUGUAAGCAACUGUACCAAGAAACAUCGGAUCUUGUCUUCAGCAUCAACAUCCUCAAUUUCGACGCCAGCUGUAUCUACGGAUACAUUCCAGAAAUACAACAUCCACCUGAUCUAAGCACCGCUCUUUACGCUUUUGAGUUCUUCUGGAGUAAAUGUCCAGCCAACGUCAGGGGCGGUGUGCAAAGAAUCAGGAUGUGUACAACUUGGACAGCUAGUCAGGCGUUUGAUCUUGCGCUGUGUCAUUGGCCGACGGAUGUUCGGAAUAGCUUAGGGCAUACGAGCUUUGCAGUUACAAGGUCGAGGAAGGAGGAGAAGAACUAUCGUAUUCUUUCUGAGCUGUCGCAAUCUCGCUUGCAUUUCAUGAUUGCUCCACUGGACUGGAGGCUCCCAGGAAGAGGGGAGAGGCCCAAAUCAUGGCGGAUGCAGCUGGACAGAUUUGUUGCCUUCGCUGAAGGGCUGAAAGAGGAUGAGUUGUUGGGUUGGUUUGGAAGUCCAACCCGGAAGUGGAAGAUCACGCCUUAUCAUAGGAACUGUGAAGCAGAUUUAGAGUUCAUGUGUUCCUACGUAGCGUUUACCCAGUAUACAGAUCGGGUUAAAGAGUGGUGUUCAGAAGGAUUUUGA